AUGCAGACCUGCACUGCCUUCUUUCAAUUGCCGGACAAGACGACGACUUAUGACUUAUGGAGACUUUCCUGCCACCUCCUGAGUUUUGAAGUUCCGUUCCACUUCGAAACUUCCGCUGGCUGGCUCACAGAAAAAAACAUCAAAGGUUUCUCAACUUUUGCCAAGACUUUGCGGAGGUCGGAAGCGGCGCAGUGUGAGAGUGUCUGGAAAAAAGGCUGGGAAAUUAAAAUGAGUUCGAGCAAGGGUCGAGAAACCUUAACAGGGUUUGCUAUGGCAACCAAUAGGAUUAGCGUCUGA